AUGGCUGCUUCUCUGGCGUUUCGGGACUUGAGUCCCCUCUUUUUCCGCUUCAAGGCCCAAAUAAAAGAAAAGAAACUUCGCUUCACAAAGCCCAGCGUUUGCCUUCCCAGCCCCACCAGCAGAGCAGCAACGCGCCAGCAGCGGCUCCUCUCCUUCCAAGCAGAUGAUGAAGAGCUGGGGGUACCCAGCCAUCGGCUGCCUCCCCGCUGGGUGGACGCGCUCGAAGAGCUGCACGAUGACAUAGCGCAUCUCAAAGAAAGAACUCUUUCACCGCUGCGAAGCCAAGCUGCAGCAGCUGGGCCCCCGGGGCCCCUUCCAGGGCUCAGCAACAGAUUCUCUGAUGCAGCAAAAUGCCCAAAAAGCUGUUGCAGCGCAGCUGCAGGGCCUCAGCCAGGCCUUCCGGCAGCAGCAAAAAGCUUACUUGGAAGGCAAGCCCCACAGGCCCACAUCCCCCCUGGGGGCCCCCAAGGGGGCCCCCAGGGGGGCCCCCAAGGGGGCCCCCACGGGGAUUCCUCCGGGGGCCCCCACGGGGUUUUCACGGGAGCCCCCUCGGGGCCCCCGCAGGACCCCCAGGGGGCCUCCAGGGAGGCCGUCAAGAGGGCCCCCAGGGGGUCCCCCAGGAAAAUUCGACGAAGGUCUCAGGGAGAUGAUUUGCUUCCUGAUGCUCAGGAGUCCACAGCAGCAUCUUUGUCGAUGCAGCGAGGACUCAGCGACGACAUGAUGGCCGAGUUGGAAGUCCUCGAGUGCGACGUAGACGUCCGGAGGGAGGAGAUUGCCAAAGUGGCGCAGUCUGUCACGGAGCUUCACCAGCUUUUCAAAGACACAGCAACUCUUGUCAUUGAACAAGGCACUCUGCUGGACCGAAUUGACUACAACUUGGAGCAGGUGGCGCACCAGUCUUCAGAAGCAACUCGGGAGAUUCAAAAAGCUGAGCAGAGCCGGCGAAGCGGCUUUGCAGCAAAGUGCAUUUACGUUCUUUCGCUGACAAUCUUUUUUCUUCUUGUUCUCCUCAUCAUCAAGCAUACAUAA